AUGCAUUUGAUUGGAGUGGUAUGUGCCCUGUUUGCGGUAGUUUGCUAUGGUGAGCAGUUUCAACCAAAAGUAACUAAAGUUACUGGUGAUGGAAGUUACAAUUUACAAGCGUUUGAUGAUUCUACUACGCUGCUAAGGUCCGUCAAUGACGAAAUUUCUAUUAGCAGUGAUAAUGGUGUUACAUGGAAGACUCUGAAGGAUGUGAAAAGUCAUUUGGCUCACAUUGAUCCGUUCCAUAGUCAUACGAGAGCGUUUGCCCCGUCUUCGGAGGAUCUGGGAACUAUCUAUUAUACGGAUGACAUGGGUAACUCCUGGGAUGAAAUGACUAUAGAGGUGCCACCCGACAUGGUUGUUGAAACAUUUCCCUGUGAGAUCCUUACGCAUCCUAAAGAGAAGGACUAUUUAAUAGCAAAGUGCUGGGUUUGUAAUAAGGAGUUCACUCACUGUGCGAGGACCUCGUAUAUUUCUACUGAUUGUGGGAAAGAAUUUAGAUCGGUGGAUGAAGAGUUUACAGCAGAUGUGGAUUGUAAGUUUGCCUUUGACAAGUCUGUGAUUUGUUUACAAACGCAGGCGGGCACUUCUGCGGUGCAAUCGAAAUUAUUAUACACUGAGGACUUGGGUGUUUCAUUUUCUGAGUAUAAGGAUUUUAAAGGCUCCAUGGUGAGCUCCUUUGAGGUUCUAGAUUCCUGGAUUGUUGCGUUCACUUUAGCAGAUAAGUUCAACCGAGAUUCGAAUAAGAACCUUUGGGUCUCAUACGAUGGUAAAUCUUUCAAGAAGGCAUAUAUGCCCACGCAAUUGAGAAAUGCUGAUUUGUCUAAUGUGUUUGAAGAUUCUUUUGGCAAAAUCUUCUUGCCUAUUAUAAACUCUGGGAGGGCUUCUGAAGUGCUCGUAUCGGACUCAAAGGGUCUUAAAUUUUCUCCCUUGACAUGGAGAAAUAUUGGUGGGGGAACCCGUAUCGCGCAACUCAAAUAUCUCAAGGGAACCCUACUAGCUGAGUUCUACGAACUCAUGCAUAAACAAAUGAAAGUAAUACCAUCAGAGACGAAAAUAUCAUUUGAUGGUGGUUAUUCUUGGCAAAAUCUGAAAGUGGUUGAUCCAGAUAAUAAGGACAAAUACUCUUGUGAUAUCGAAGACGUGGAAAACUGUUCUCUACACACCGUCACAGAGUUUCACGAAUCAAACGUUCCUACGCCAGGUAUUAUGAUGAAGAAAGGGUACGUUAGCGAUGAUUCCAAUAGAAAUUUUGAUGAUAUGGCGAUGUUUAUUACUACUGAUGGAGGCCAUUCAUGGCGAAAGACGCUCGAUUUCCCAGCAGUAUUUGCGUAUGGUGAUUUCGGUAACGUUUUGGUUGCUUGUCCCAUCAACCCCGACAGCGAUGGAGAUCCACAGUCGGAAAUUUACUAUUCUCUCGAUCAAGGAAAUACGUGGACAGAAUAUCAUUUAAAAUCCCCUCUUGUGCCUGAUGAAUUGUUUUCUACUACUCCCGAUGGAUCAGGGGUCAACUUUGUCUUAAGAGGUGAACAGCCAGGUUCCUGGUCUAAGAAAGCAAAAAGUAUUCUUUACGCGAUCGAUUUCAAUGAAGUAUUCGAUGGGGCAAAAUGUAAAGACGAUGAUCUCGAGGACUUUCUUGUCGCAAAAGGCGAAUGCAUCAAUGGUGCAAAGUACAAGUUCAGCAGAAGAAGAGCUGAUGCAGAAUGUCUGAUUCGCCAGCCAUUUGUAGACUUGGAGAGUAAGGAAGAGAUUUGCCCUCAAUGUACUGAAAAGGAUUAUGAAUGUGCAUUCGAAUUCAGUAGAACAUCUGACAACAAGUGUGAACCUGACUAUAUGCUGUUGGCACUCUCUGAGAAAUGCAAAGAAACGUCGCAAAAGAAUUUGGAAAUGGAACCAAUGCAAGUGACAAAGAACAACAAGUGUUUAAGAAAGCUGGACAUUUUACCUGUGAAAGUUAACUGUAAACCACAGUCUGAAGGCGCUGAUAUUACGGUAAAAGAAAAUCAGUUUGAUUCAAAUAUCAUUUUCUACCAGUAUUUCGAGACAAUAGCGGAUGAAACCGUGUUAAUUGGUACAAUAAAAAGUGAUGUCUAUGUGUCUCACGAUUCUGGUCAAACAAUCAAGAAAUUCAACACAGAUGAAAAGAUCAUUGAAGUCAUAUUCAACCCUUACUUCAACUCAUCGGCUUACCUCUUUGGCGCUAGUGGAACACUUUACUUCACGAAAGACAGAGGUUAUUCUUUCCAUGAGACAAAAUUACCACGUUCACGUCAAUUAGGAUUCCCUCUAGAAUUCAGUGCUAAGGAUGAGAACACUUUCAUCUACUAUGGUGGCAGAGACUGUGAUUCGAUGUUCAACCCCGAAUGUCACGCUGUCGCAUAUAUCACCACAGAUGGUGGCCGAACUUUUGAAGAAUUAUUGAAUAACGCGAUUCACUGUGAAUUUGUGGGUUCCCUCUACGAAUACCCGUCUGAUGAAAAGUUGAUCUUUUGCCAAGUAAAAGAGAAAAACUCACAAAAGAGAACUUUGGUAGCUACGACGGAUUUCUUUGUCAAUGACAAGACUGUCCUAUUUGGCAGUAUUAUUGGUUACAUGUCUACUGGUGAGUUUACCGUUGUGGCCAUCCCACACGAUAACGGAGAGCUACGUGCUUACGUUACCGUGGAUGGUAAGGAGUUUGCGGAGGCAAAGUUUCCUCAGGAUGCAACUGCGGAAAGACAAGAAGCUUUCACCAUCCUUGGCUCGCAAACUGGAUCGAUAUUUCUACAUUUGUCCACUAAUAAUAGACCUGGAGGCGAGUUUGGUGUACUAAUGAAAUCGAAUUCUAACGGGACGUCAUUUGUUACUUUGGAACGGGCUGUGAACAGGAAUCAGCAGGGUAUGGUAGAUUUCGAAAAGGUUCAAGGUUUGGAAGGUAUUAUCAUGGUAAACACCGUUGGUAAUCGUGACGAAGUGUUGAAUGCAGGAGAAGGUAAAAAGUUGAAAUCCAAAAUCACAUUCAAUGAUGGCUCUGACUGGUCAUUCGUUCAACCACCACAGAAAGAUUGUGAAGGCAAAAGUUACUCUUGCAGCGAAUCUUUAGAGAAAUGUUCUCUCCAUUUACACAGUUACUCCGAAAGAACAGACAUCAGAGACACCUCCUCUUCUGGCUCAGCAAUCGGUAUGCUCAUUGGAGUGGGGAAUGUUGGUGAGUACUUGCUCCCAAAAGAUGAGUGCUCCACUUUCUUCAGCUCUGAUGGGGGUGAGAGUUGGACCGAGAUAAAAAAGGGACCUUAUCAGUGGGAAUAUGGUGAUCACGGAGGCAUUUUGGUCUUGGUCCCUGAAAAUGUCGCGACCGAUACCUUAACUUACUCUACCGAUGCUGGCAAGUCCUGGAACGAUUACAAAUUUACCGAGCAGAAAACUGUUGUUCAAGAUAUCAUUACUGUUCCGGGAGAUUCGGUCUUGAGGUUUCUACUGAUUUCCCAAUCGACAUCUGUCAAGGGAGGAAGCACCAAGACAUUUUCAAUUGAUUUCACCGGCAGUUUUGCUAGGCAAUGUACUUUCAAUCGCGACGACCCUGCUACUGAUGAUUUCGACUAUUUAUCUCUGGGAGACUUUGGAUCGGAAUGUUUAUUUGGUCACCAAGCAGAAUACUUGAAAAAGAUCAAUCACGAUUGUUACGUCGGUAAUGUUCCUGUGUCUGAAUUCCAUCGUAUCACUAAGAACUGCUCAUGUACUAGAAAGGAUUUUGAGUGUGACUACAAUUUUCAAAAGGCAAACGACGGCACAUGUAAGCUCGUUGAGGGCUUGACACCAGCAGGUCCCACGGAUAUUUGCAAAAAAUCAGAUGCCAUCGAGUUUUAUGAACCUUCUGGUUAUAGAAAGAUUCCUCUAUCCACUUGUGCAGGUGGAUUGAAACUUGAUACAGCAUCUGAUCCUCAACCAUGCCCAGGAAAAGAAGAUGAAUUCAAGAAAAUACACAUUGUUAGAGGCUUCCCAUUUUUGUCUCUCUUCUUCGUAUUUUUCGCUAUCUUUGUGCUCGUUGCAUGGUUUGUCUACAUACGUGGGAUUCGGAGAAACGGUGGAUUUGCCAGAUUUGGUGAGAUCAGAUUGGGAGACGAAUCCCUGAUUGAGAAUAAUGCAACCGACAAGGCUGUCAAUUUUGUUGUGAGAUCAGGCCUAUACGCUGUUUCAGGCCUUCUUGGGGGAUACCAACUGGCUAAAAGUUCGGCCUCGAAAGCAGUUGUGAAUUUGAGUGAGAAAUUCGGCAAAAAAGCAGGGCCAACUUACUCUUCACUACUGCAUGAUCAGUUCUUGGACGAUGCAAAUGAUUUAUUGGAAGGACACGACGAGGACGCUAAUGACUUAGGAAGCUUUUUGGAAAAUGAAGGCAAUUUCGAAAUUGACGACGAAGAAAACCCUUCUAACCCUUCUGACACUGCCACUCGUCAGCCGUAUUCAGAGGACGUGGCUUCAGCCCCAGAAGUCGAUACCACCAAUGACAGUGACGAGGAUAACUAA